AUGGCUGGUGGAAUAAAACCAAACAAGCCCUCGAGGAUUUUUACAGCCUCACUACAAGGGGGACUGGAUUUGAUAUCAGAAAUAGUGUUUAUUCAAGAUGAUCGUUUCUGUCACCCGGACUUUGGACUUUGUCUUGCUUGCCUUAAGGAUCAGUUACGAGAUGGGCCCACCUCUUGGCCGGGAUGGAGAGUCCUACGGAACAUUUUUGUUAAGUCUACUUUAGAGGGUGUAAAAAGGGAGCUAGCUAGACCAUUUCAACCAAAAGGACAUCUUUCAGUUGAUGAGGUCAAGAGAAAAGCUGAUUCUUUUAUACAGAGCUCCAAGUUAGCUCACAUCAGGUUUCUAUUUGCUAUUUUAGGCGGUUAUUCUGUACGACCAUCAAUGUUCCUAAACGAAAAACGACUAUUCUUCAUCAGACGCGCCAGUUUUGACGUGAAUCCUAAGUACCUGAAUUGGAGAAUAUUACCACGAUUCAUUAGGUAUUUUAAUUCUACUAAAGAGUUCAAGAAGUAUGUCAAAGAAUUCGUCAAAGAUACUUUAAAUUACGGCCUUCGUAGUAUCAAGUCUGGCGCAGAUUCAAAUCCUCUAUGUAAGGUUGUAAACAGUGACUUAUUAGAUUUCCAUGCUGCUUAGCGUUUUUUUGCGUCGAAAUUUCAACUGAGCAAGAGAGCUUAGAAUUUGCCAAACCCAUUGCAUUGUGAGCAGCCCGAUCCAGGUAUCCUAAGAAUAUUCACUAUAAGGUUUUUCAGAGGUUUUCCUGGCCUCCCUCACACUCAAGUUAGUUUUUUUUCUCUAUUUUGCUCAUGGAUUGUUACAUCGUAUGACAUUUCUAUUUAUUUUUUAGUAAUAAAAUGAAAUCAUGUUUGAAAUUGAGCCGUAAGUAGUCUUCGCUCAGUGAGCUUAUUUGGUCGACAUUCGCUCGCAAAACAUCGAUGAAAACACGAUGAAAACACGAUGAACAUCGCUCCGUAGAAAUACCUUUUGCGCCUAAUUCAUCUCAAAUUGUCACCUUUACGAAGUACAAUAAAAUCCUCACGUGUGGGAAUGAAUGAUUUCACCAUAUCUUUUAAAGCGGUUUUGUAAAAAGGAGCCCAGUCCCUCACGGCAUUUCUUAAACUCUGAACUGGCGGGUCGUCUUACUCAUGUGAUAUUUAUUUCGAUCAACAGAAUUUAUACGCCAUAUUAUAUUUCCAUCCUUGUGUUAUUGAUUUGAUGUACUGGAUAUGGAAUCUGAAUCCAUUUCAUCGCGCAGUGCGUUUUCAAAAAUGGACGGUGUGAUGGAGGGAAUACUGGGUCGAGCCACUUUAAAAAUUACAGCUUUUUAACAUCUGGAGAGUGCAUUAGGACAUCAUGAAGUCUAUUUGGGCAUAAUUAGUACUGUGCUUAUGGAUGUUUGCACGCUGAAGUUGAUUCAAUAGGAUAAUAUCUUGUUUAGGUUUCACAGAGCGAUAAAGGAAUUUUCUAGUGAAUCGCCUCACUCUCAAAUGUGGAACAUGCCUUGGAUGAAUCCAUGAAUUUCCGGGUCUGGUGAUGUUUAGUUUGUAUUUCUGACGUUAGGCCUAUAUUUUAAAGGCGUCUGGGGACGUUAUAGUAAUGAAAGACUUAAAAAGACCGAGAAAGACGGUUACGCUCUGGGAAAAUGAUACUAUCAACAAUUUAAGGGGCAGUGCGGUCAACUCAGAUCAUGAUAGAAGCGAUAAA